AGAUUUGUUAAGAGCUUCUCCUCUGAAUUCAUGGUGUUUUGUUAUAAAUCCGACUGAGAUAUCAAUUAUUGGUACCAGACCAAAAAGAUGACAUCGAUAAUCAAAUUAACUACCCUCUCAGGGGUCCAAGAAGAGUCAGCUCUUUGCUAUCUUCUCCAAGUUGAUGAAUUUAGGUUUCUGCUGGACUGUGGCUGGGAUGAACACUUUUCCAUGGAUAUUAUAGAUUCCCUGAGGAAGCACGUGCACCAGAUCGACGCCGUGCUGCUGUCACACCCCGACCCGCUGCACCUCGGCGCCCUCCCCUAUGCCGUGGGCAAGCUGGGGCUGAACUGUGCCAUCUACGCCACCAUUCCUGUGUACAAGAUGGGGCAGAUGUUCAUGUAUGACCUCUACCAGUCUCGGCAUAAUACAGAGGAUUUUACACUUUUUACGUUGGAUGAUGUGGAUGCAGCCUUUGACAAAAUACAGCAGCUGAAAUUCUCUCAGAUUGUGAAUUUGAAAGGGAAAGGACACGGCUUGUCCAUCACACCUCUGCCAGCCGGUCAUAUGAUCGGUGGGACAAUAUGGAAAAUAGUCAAAGAUGGAGAAGAGGAGAUUGUGUAUGCUGUCGACUUCAACCACAAGAGGGAGAUCCAUUUAAACGGAUGCUCCCUGGAAAUGCUCAGCAGGCCCUCCCUUCUCAUCACCGACUCGUUUAACGCGACGUACGUGCAGCCGAGAAGAAAGCAGCGAGACGAGCAGCUUCUGACGAACGUCCUGGAGACACUUCGAGGCGACGGGAACGUAUUAAUAGCAGUAGAUACUGCGGGCCGAGUUCUAGAACUUGCUCAACUUCUCGAUCAGAUUUGGAGAACUAAAGAUGCAGGACUGGGUGUCUACUCACUGGCACUCCUAAAUAAUGUCAGCUACAACGUGGUGGAGUUCUCCAAGUCCCAGGUCGAAUGGAUGAGUGAUAAAUUGAUGAGAUGUUUUGAAGACAAAAGAAAUAACCCAUUUCAAUUUCGCCAUCUUUCUUUGUGUCAUGGUCUUUCUGACUUGGCUCGAGUUCCUAGCCCCAAAGUGGUGCUUGCCAGUCAGCCUGACCUGGAGUGUGGCUUCUCAAGAGACCUCUUCAUUCAGUGGUGCCAGGACCCUAAGAACUCCGUCAUUCUAACCUACAGAACUACUCCUGGGACUUUAGCACGUUUCCUAAUUGAUAAUCCCUCUGAGAAAAUUACGGAAAUAGAGCUGAGGAAACGUGUGAAGCUGGAAGGGAAGGAACUUGAAGAAUACUUGGAAAAAGAGAAAAUAAAGAAAGAAGCUGCUAAAAAACUUGAGCAGUCAAAAGAGGCAGACAUAGAUUCCAGUGAUGAGAGUGACGUGGAGGAAGACGUGGACCAGCCGUCUGCUCACAAGAUGAAACAUGACCUGAUGAUGAAAGGCGAGGGGAGUCGCAAAGGCAGCUUCUUCAAACAGGCGAAAAAGUCCUACCCCAUGUUUCCUGCUCCGGAGGAAAGAAUCAAGUGGGACGAGUACGGCGAGAUUAUCAAACCAGAGGAUUUCUUAGUGCCAGAACUUCAAGCUACAGAAGAAGAAAAAAGCAAAUUAGAAUCUGGUUUGACAAAUGGAGAUGAGCCCAUGGAUCAGGAUUUAUCUGAUGUUCCUACUAAGUGUAUUUCAACAACAGAGUCUAUUGAAAUAAAAGCCAGAGUCACUUACAUAGACUACGAAGGACGAUCUGAUGGAGAUUCCAUUAAAAAAAUCAUCAAUCAGAUGAAACCACGACAGCUGAUCAUCGUCCACGGGCCCCCGGAGGCCAGCCUAGACCUGGCGGAGUGCUGCCGCGCGUUCGGGGGCAAAGACAUCAAAGUGUACAUGCCAAAGCUCCACGAGACAGUGGACGCCACCAGCGAGACUCACAUCUACCAGGUGCGGUUAAAAGACUCCCUUGUCAGCUCCCUUCAGUUCUGUAAGGCGAAAGAUGCCGAAUUGGCUUGGAUCGAUGGUGUGUUGGACAUGAGAGUUUCCAAGGUGGACACGGGCGUUAUUUUAGAAGAAGGGGAACUGAAGGAUGAUGGGGAGGAUGCGGAAAUGCAGGUGGACGCUCCCUCCGAUUCCAGCGUGAUCGCGCAGCAGAAGGCCAUGAAAAGUCUGUUUGGGGAUGAUGAGAAGGAAGCAGGGGAAGAAAGUGAGAUCAUUCCCACCUUGGAACCCUUGCCACCUCACGAGGUUCCAGGACAUCAGUCGGUUUUUAUGAAUGAACCCAGACUGUCAGACUUCAAGCAAGUGCUUCUACGGGAGGGAAUUCAAGCUGAGUUUGUAGGCGGUGUACUUGUUUGCAACAACCAAGUAGCAGUUCGAAGAACGGAAACUGGACGCAUCGGAUUAGAAGGCUGCCUUUGUCAAGACUUUUAUAGGAUAAGAGACCUUUUGUAUGAACAGUAUGCCAUCGUGUAACGGACGUGAUGUCAAGACAUAUCUACUUGACCUUUCUAAGAAAAAAGGAUUUUUAUGUGACUGAGCUGUGGCUGCUCUGUUAUGUAACCUACAAAAAGAAUCUACCAGAGAAACGGAAAGCGGAUCAAAUUUUUGAAAAAUGUAAAUAGAGACCAAACUAAUGCUAAUGCUCAGAGGAGCAUUCUCUCAUUUGGCUUUCAGUGCUAGAAGUCCUGCUAAGUGUACAGGCCCUAGAACCGAGAGGGACAGCUUUCCUUUCAAGAUCCCUUAUUCUAGAAGGGUUUUGUUUUGGUUGUGUACUUUUCGUUUUUUUUUUUUUUUUUUUUUUAACUUGCAUAAAACAAUGCAACAUAGCCAACCAGUUCAUAGCCUUAGAGAAACACAUUUGCAUGGAUUCUUGCAAAUUGUUUCUUAUAGCUCCUGGAAUGAAAAGUGUGACUUCCUUUAAAAAAAAAAAGAAUGUGCUACCAAAAGCCCAAAACUGAUAAAGCAGUUUGCUUGAAGCUUAGGCAUGUGAAAAACACAGCCUCUGUGCUACGACUGAAUUCUGAGCUGCAGCGCCUUGCACAUGGAGCCUUCCCAGUGAUGUCCUCUCAGAUGAGACUGUACCCAUUUUGUGCAGAAAUCAAUUUUUCUUUCUCCUAUUUCUGGUUUCAUCACCAUUUUGUCAUUCACUUUGAAUUAUAAUUUGCCUGUACAUAAUACAUAAUUCAAAAGACCUUCUUAGUGUGUUGUGGUCUUCAGGGUUCUGGAUACGUGUCAGACACAUCUUAACUGUGAGCAAGGUAACCGUAUUGGAGGUGUUCAGUGCUCUACUUUUAAAAGAAUCAGUGUUGAACCUGACUUUAUUAUUGCUAUUGUUAUUAUUAAGGUGGUGGUAUAACUGAAUUCAAAAGUGUGAAUGUUUUCGUCUCAGGCUGGUUCUGUCCUAAGGUUACCCGGUGAGCAGUGUUGAAUUUACACGCAUAACUCAAAGUAAUAUUCAGAGUAGAAUUGGAUAAGAAUAUCCUUUCUGAGUUUCUGACUUUCAUAGUGUGCUAUAAACCAGCACGUUCAGAGGAAAAGACUGAGUCUAUGUGAUUUUCAUGUGGCCUGCCCCAUUGUUCUCUCUGCUUAAUCAUGGCAGGCCCUGAUGCUUUGUCCCUCUCCUCACCCUGAGCGCAGUAAGAAGCAGUGCAUGGUCUUGUCUAGCUGCGUGGACUGUAUGUUACCUGGUAGCCUCAGACUCGGGGCUCAUUGUGGAGCGUUAGAGACUUCUGAUACUGAAAACCAGACACCCAAAAGAAUGUUGACAGGUAAUACACAGUGUGCUUUCCUUCUAAUGCUUCAACAAUUUUUUCUCUUAAACUCUUAGAGUAAGCCUCUAAGCCUAUUUAUAUCCAAGGGAAAGAAAAGUCUGCACUUGUUUCACAGUUUAAAGUAUCCAAUUAUACAUCUUACACUGCAAUGCUGUUCUUGAAUAAUUGUCUCUUGCCUCGCCUUUUUAUCAUCCUAAGAACAGGUAUUAGAUUUUGAAGUAUGGCUUAAAGAUGCCUGUGCUAAAUAAUGUCAUUGGCAGAAUAAUACUUUUACCUUCUUCUAGAUGAUGACACUAAAAUUUCUAAAGUGAAGAUUUAUUUAAGCCUCAGUUAAGAAAAAUAUAUAAAUGGCUAAGAUAAUCAGGAACUCAGAGAAAUUUCCAGAUAUUUGUUGUUUAGAAGCAAGAAUAAAUAUAACUUGGAAUAUCA